AUGUAUGAUGAUGAUAAGACUCGGGUGAGGACUGUGGGUGGUGACUCAGACCAUUUUCCUGUGGUGAUAGGGUUGCACCAGGGAUCGGCUCUUAGCCCAUUUUUGUUUGCCUUGGCGAUGGAUGUACUGUCGCGUCACAUCCAAGGGGAGGUGCCUUGGUGCAUGCUAUUUACUGAUGACAUAGUGUUGAUAGACGAGACGCGUAUCGGAGUUAACGCGAGGUUGGAGCUUUGGAGACAGACCUUGGAGUCUAAAGGUUUCAAAUUGAGUAGAACCAAGACGGAAUACUUGGAGUGCAAAUUCAGUGAGACCCAUGAUGCAUACGUAGAAGUUAAGCUUGAUGCUCAAGUUAUCUCCAAGAGAGUGAGUUUUAAGUAUCUCGGGUCUAUUAUCCAGGUUGUUUCAACCAAUACGUAUAUAUUUCUUGAUUUUNACUCAAACGGCACAUACUUUCCGACGCCGUUUCAUCUCCAACAACAACCUCCUCCUCAGCCCUACAUCGGCGCUGCUCCUCCCCCCGUACAACUUCCUGGUCCUUCCGUCUAUCCUGCUCCUUCUCCUAUUCCGGGCGUUUACACUUUGCCUCAGUUUCAACAAGCUCAGCAGUUAUUCCAAAGAGAUGCUCAGACAAUCACACCUGAGGCACUUGAAAAUGUGAAAGCUGCACUUGCAAGCAGCGAAAUUGAGCACAAAGCUGAGGCCAAGAAGAAAGCUGUACCUCGUAAGGCAGCAGGACUAAGUUGGGAAGAUCCUACUCUAGCAGAGUGGCCAGAGAAUGAUUAUCGUCUAUUCUGUGGUGAUCUUGGGAAUGAGGUGAAUGAUGAUGUCCUAUCAAAAGCCUUUUCAAGGUUUCCAACCUUUAACAUGGCUAAGGUUGUGAGAGACAAGCGGACUGGUAAAACCAAGGGAUAUGGAUUUGUGAGUUUUUCCAACCCAUUAGACCUUGCGGCAGCACUUAAAGAAAUGAACGGGAAGUAUGUUGGAAACCGGCCGAUCAAACUUCGCAAGAGUAAGUGGCAAGAGAGGAUUGACUACGAAGCUCUGGAAAGUUCGAAGAACCGAUCACAUAAGAAACCAAAGCUAACAAAGAAGAGUAUAUUGCACAAGUGAGUGCCAACCAUGAUAAUGGGUCAAGCGUCAAGAUACUUGAGACAUAUUUUAAAUGUGUGUUAAUCAAUUUCUUCACCAUUGUUGCUGUCCGAGAAAGCAGGGACAGAUGACAGUCCUAGGACACAUAAAUACUAUUUGAACCUCUGCAAUUUGUUAUUCACAAUGCUGUAUCCAUCAGUUGCUGGUUAAUGUAUUUCUUCCUCCUUUUAAGAGCUCUAGGAGAGUUCUGAAUGAUUGAAUCCUUUUGGCAACCAUAGAUUUGUGGAUGGGGAAACUGUUGUAGUUUGGAAACUUUGGUUCGUUCACAAGAUAAAUUGCAGUUUCAUACUUUCAUUAAUGUAUCAGUUGAAUUGAAGGAUGA